AUGCCUGCUCUUCGUGCCCUUACUCCCCCUGCGUCCCCUCCUCUCAAGAAGGGUCUUUCGCUCGCUCCUGCCAGAGCUAGUGCGAAUGACAUUGAGGGCCGACGUCUCAUCGGAACCACCCGAUUCGAGCCUCGGAGCGACAUCAAGAGCAUUUUGAUCACUGGUGGUGCAGGAUUUAUUGGAGGUUGGGUAACCCGCCACAUGGCGGUGCAGUAUCCUGAAUACAACAUCGUCUGCUUUGACAAGCUUGAUGUUGUCGCUUCUCUGUCCAAUGUCAACUGCUUGGACUCUCUGUCCAAUUUCACUUUUGUGCAAGGCGACCUUACGGAUCAGGCGGCCCUCGCCAAGGUUCUUCUGGACCACAACAUUGACUGUGUGAUGCACUUCGCUGCGUGCUCGCACGUCCAGAACUCAUUCAACGAUCCCCUCAGCUUCACUGUCAACAAUGUUGUCGGUACUCAACAGCUCCUUGAAGCUAUUCGUCACCACAAGGGCCCCCAAAAGGGUGAACCGCUUUCUCCAUGUCAGCACCGAUGA